UAAUUUUAAAUAACUUUUUAAUAAAUGAAAUUAUAAUUAAUUUACAGAAUAAUGAAUUCUAAACUCAAUUUAAAUAUACUAUUAUUGGGUGAGUCGGGUGUGGGAAAGACUACUUUCAUCAACGCGUUGGCCAACUAUUUAAGUUAUAAAAACUUUUACGACGGAACCGAACAACCAAUUUGCGUAUUGCCUGAGAGUUUAAACCUAUUUGACCAUGAUACGUAUGAAGUUGAAAAUGUCAAACUUGGAAGCACUAGUAUUCAAGAUACAAUUGAAAGUAAAAACAAAUUAGACCAAGCUUUAAAAUGCCAUAAUUUCUCAAUCAAUGAUUUUGAACUAAAUAUGAUUAAUACCCCGGAUAUUGACGAUGAUUGGGAUGAAAAGAAUGUAAAAAGUCUGCUGGAAUUUAUAUCCGAUUACCAGGAAAUUAACGCUAUUUGUGUGCUCAUAAAGCCUAAUAAUACCCAGGUUGACUUGAUUUUCAAGAAUUGUUUGUUACAGUUGUUGAGUCACUUGAAUAAGUCGGCCGUCGAUAACAUACUGUUCCUCUUCACCAAUGCGGACACACCGGGAAACUCGGCUACAAUAUUAAUAUCUGAAUUGAGUCGUGUCAGGGUAAACACUCCCGAUAUUGACAUCAAACACAACAAGCAAACAAUUUAUUGCGUAAAUUACGAGCCAUUCACAUAUGCCGUGGCAGCGGCCUCGCCUAAUAAUAUGGAGUUGACUAAAGAUGUCAAAGUCGACCAGGCUAUUAAAUGGAAAAGAUCCUAUGCGGAAUGCAAGCGUUUGUUGGACUAUAUUACUACACUUUCAAAGCUUAUUGUCGAGGGAACAAAGAAACAAGAAACUCCUCAAAAUGACCAGAUUAAACAUGGUGAUAAGCAAAAAGAUAUAACCCUUCUAUUGUUAGGUGAGUCGGGUGUGGGAAAGUCCACAUUUAUCAACGCAUUCGUCAAUUAUAUUAAUUACGAGACUAUGGAUGAGGCCAGGGAUGGUCAACUCAAAUGUCUAUUAAAUGAGAAAUUCUCAUUAAUGGACCCUGAUACUUAUGAACUUAAGACUAUUGUCCUUCAAGCUACCAAUUCAAAUAAGACAUCAAAUAGUCCCAAAUGUUAUAAAUAUUCAACUGACAAAGUUAAGCUUGAUAUAAUUGAUACCCCGGAUAUUGACGAAACGGAUGACGUCGAUAAGAGUCAUACAAAUAUGCGAAAUAAAAGCGGCGCCAAAAGGGUUGUUAAUCGUUGUAUUAAAGUAACUAUGGGUUAG